UUAAAGGAGUACAAAAGGUAGUAGUUAAAAAGAAUCUUACUUAUGGUAUGUAUGAAAAUUGUUUAAAAUCUCAAAAAGAAUGCAUGGUAACAAUGCAUAGAUUAGGAAGUAAAGACCAUAUUAUCAGACUUCUUC